UGUAUGAAUACAACACGCCUCAUUGGCAAACAGGGAGACCUAACGUGUUUGCUUAGUUGUGUGUAGAUACGCUUAGCUACCCCACAUAAAUGUGGAGUCGGAAAACUGGGCCCACGUUAACAGAUGUGACUUCGUUGUAAGAUUUUGAAUCUGGAAAAGAAGUCACUCUGAAUGAGGAUCAUACGUGUGACCUUCGGAAGCAGUCUUGAUGGGUUGCAGAGAACAUGGGGCAAAAACCAUCACAACAGUUGGCUCUGAAAGACGGCACAGAGGUUUUCAGCGUCGGUGAGGUUGUCAGCGAGGCGAUAGUCCAUGCGGCUGAGAAACUGAAGGACUAUCUUGGAUUUGAAGAUCCUCUGAGCAACCUGUGCCCAGCUUCAAACACUCUGAAUGAGAUCUUCUUAAUCCAUUUUGUCACCUUCUGCCAAGAAAAGGGAGUUGAUGAGUGGCUCACCACCACCAAGAUGUCCAAGCACCAAGCCGUACUGUUUGGGGUAGACUGGAUUUGGACCUUCUGGGGAUCCGAUAAGCAAAUAAGGCUGCAGCUGGCAGUGCAGACCCUGCAGAUGUCUACUCUUCCUCCUGUGGUUUCUAAGCCUGGCGACUUCUCACAUCCAGAACCCGGGCCAGAGGAGCCUUCCAGGAAGAGAAGUAGAUUCGAUAAGCUGGAAGAUUUCUGUAACUUGAUAGGAGAGGAUUGCCUGGGCCUGUUUAUCAUCUUUGGUGUGCCAGGAAAGCCCAAAGACAUCAGAGGAGUUGUCCUGGACAGUGUCAAAAGUGAGACAGUGAGGAGCCAUCUGCCAGGAGCAAAGGCCGUGGCACAAUUUGUCCGGGAAACUGAAGACUGUGUCUCCAUCAGAGAGCUGCUUGGAAACUGUCUGAGUAAGAAAGAUGGGCUGAGAGAGGUGGGCAAGGUUUAUAUUAGCAUCCUCUGAACUGGAUGUGCACAAUCAGACUGGCCUGUAAGGCAAAAAGAAAAAAUAUUCUAAUAGGCAAGCUCACACACUUGCAUCAUCCCAGCAUGGGAUAUUUUUUUUUUUUUUACACCCACCCUCCAUUGAAUGAAAAUGAUCACCUGGGUCAAAAAAUAUGUCAUGACUACAGAGACGGAAAAACCCUGCCUACAUUGCAGGGAAAAGUUACAAUUUCCUUUAUUCAAUUAUAAAAAUGGGAGGAGGGGAUAAUAAAGUCACCCUUAAAGUUUGAUUUGCUUAAAAAAUGCGUGUUUAGGGGCGCCUGGGUGGC